AUGCAUAGCUCGGAUUGCCUGAUCGUGAGCGAACAGCCCCCUACCCCCGAAGGAGAUGAGAAGCUCCGCAACGUCGCCCGGGCGGCUGAACGUUUUGAUCGCUACGCAUCUUUCAUCCGCCAUUUGAGUCUCUCAGGUGCUUGGUGGCUCGCCAUUCCUGAAGGACACAAUGGUUCGGAUACCCAUAUCCAGCACCUCUCCUCACUCCUCGCUAAGCUCACAGUCAUCGCUAGUGCCUCUCGAUUUCGACCACUCUUUCCCAACCUUCGAACGUUCAAGCUCGAACCGAAAUAUCGAACACACAUUGAGCAUAUAUUGCCUUUGUUUUCGUGCGACUUGCCUUAUCUGGAAAGCUUCAGCAUUCAGAUAGGGGAUGCAAGCAAUCCCGCGGACCUCGCCUCAUUACUUGCAAUCCUCCCCCAGAUUGCGUCCAAUCUGCGGCAGAUCUCCGUUGUUGGUGGUCUUUCCAUGUGCUCCGAGCUCCAACCUUCUUUCGCACAACUCAUUGGCAAGCUUCCAUCCCUUGAAUCCUUCGAAGGCGGUCCUGCAUCGGUCAGCGCAGGGGUGUUACAGAAGCUCGAUCACUGCUCGCAUCUCCGGAGGUUAAUUAUCCGUGGAGGUGGCAGAUUCGCAGAAGACAUUGUGUCCUCGGCUUGUCUUGAUACCCCAGCAUGUGGCAACGGCUGCACGAAGCACUUGAAUGCGAUUCGCCGGCUCGAACUGAAGGCUCGACCAACAACGCUUACCAAUUACAUUUUGGAACGAAUGGAUUCUGAUAGGCUCGAAGCGCUUACCAUCUGGAUCUCUGGAGAGAACGGCCUAUCUAUUGAUGAAGACAUCCGACGUCCGAUCACCGCAAUCGUCGGCUUUCCAGGCAUAAUGGAGUUGGAUAUUCGCUUUCAUGGCGAGCUCAAGGGGACAGACGCAUCCGGAUACUGGCGCGAGAUGCAGGCCCUCUUUGCCGGUCGUCGGUUGAGGAACGUGUUCUUGUUCAUCAGCAUACCGCUUGAACAUGAUCUCAACGACGGGAUAGUUGAGAGCAUGGCUCGCGCGUGGCCGGAGCUCCGUAACUUCGCUCUUAUGUGGAACGACGAUGACACGCCGCCUGGUCCCACGUUGCGGUCACUUGUUGCUCUGACAACUUCAUGCCCCUAUCUCGAGACCGUGCAGUUGCAGUCCAUACGCUCGCCAUUAGGUCAACUUCCACCCCCGAAUGUGGCUCUCCGGCCUCGUCCUCUCCACUUACGAGUUCGCAAGUAUCACGUCGCCGAUCCGGAGAAUGCCGCCACUUUCCUUACCAUGAUCACAUCUUCUUUGACCGUUUCCCGCAUCAGCGUGUUCUCUCGCGCCUACUUCUGGCUCGACGAGUUGGAGGAAGAUGGUGUAUGGAGAGAGGUCGUUUCCAGGAUGCAUGCAAUCAGGAGAAUGAACGAAAUACCUCAUCCCUCAAGUGGAAGGACUAUGGAAUACACCGACAAGUACUUGGGCAUCAUCAACUCAGUAUAA